UCUGUCAAAGAAGAUGGCGGAAAACAGGGGGACGGUUGUUUAUGUACAUCAUGAAAUUCAAAUUCAAGUAUCAAUACCACACAGGGAUAUUGAGAAUAUCUAUUCCGGUGUUUUGUCUAUUAGAGAAGAACCUCUAGGUCCAGUUGUUGAAUGGACUCCAAAAGAGAUCAUUGAAUGCAUUCAAAGACAGUUAUCAAGUCCAGAUAGCGAAACAUUAGAAUGGGAAGACAUAUCUUUUGGGACAUCAGUCAGUUAUAAAAUAAAGAAUAAUUCUUUUGAAGAAAAUGGUGGCAAAUCCUGUUCAGGAAAAAAGCCAAAUGUAAUUAUAUUUGAAGUAAUGGAUUUGAAAUCAUACAGAUACUAUGAAAUACCUAAAAAUAAUAAAGUUCAACUAACUUUCUUUUUGAAAGAUGGCUCUACCAUACCAUCUUUUCAAUUUCCUCCAAUGGAAAAUGAAUGUUUUCUUUUGGCCUUAAAAAAAUACAUUUCUUUUAGACAGUCAUCAAAAGAUGAUUCUUUAUUUGUAGUUACUGAUCCUAGUGUUGAAGCACUUGAGAAAUCUUUCAGUGAACUCCAUUUGUUUGGAGAGCAUUCGUCAGAUUUAGUUACGAAAUUUUUUCAGGACCCAUAUUCUGCAACGUUAGGUGGGUUUUCCAAAGUGACUAAUUUUCUUUUUGACUACUUGCUGCCGAAUGGUAACCAACCAACAGGAUGUUCAGUGGAAGAAGUAGCAGAGUUGCUUCAUGACAGUAUUCCUAGUGUUGAAUUUAAUGAGCCAGGGUUUGAAGUUAUUUCAUGUAUAGAGCUUCCUUCCCGCCCAAAAGUGCAAAGGUCUGAACCGGUCACUCGAGAAGAAUGGUUAUCUAAUAUUGAUCCAGAAGGCAGAAUCAAUAAUGUUGCAACAUUAAAGAGAAAAAUUUUUAAAGGGGGUUUGACUAGUUCAAUUCGAUCAGAUGUAUGGAAAUUUCUGCUAGGUUAUUAUAGUUUUAAUUCUACACAGAAUGAAAGACAGCUUCACAGAAAGCAGAAAGAAAACGAUUACUAUAGAAUGAAACUUCAGUGGAAAUCAAUUACUCCAGAUCAAGAAGCAAGAUUCUCAGCAUUGAGAGAUCGGAAAAACCUUGUAGAAAAAGAUGUUAGUCGUACUGAUAGAAAUCAUCCAUUCUUCAAGGGAGAAAACAAUUCUAAUAUACAAAUGUUAUAUGAUAUUCUUAUGACAUAUUGCAUGUAUAAUUUUGAUUUAGGUUAUGUCCAAGGUAUGAGUGAUUUAUUAUCACCAAUUUUGUAUAUAAUGAAAAAUGAAGCUGAUUCGUUUUGGUGCUUUGCUGGUUUACUUGACAGGAUGGGGGUUAAUUUUGAAAUGGAUCAGCAAGGUAUGAAAAUGCAGUUACAACAUCUUUACACUCUUCUUCAUUUUGCUGAUCCUCAGCUAGCUGAAUAUUUAGAAUCACAUGAAUCUGGAAAUCUGUAUUUUUGUUUCCGUUGGCUGCUCAUAUUAUUUAAAAGAGAAUUCAGAUUCCAUGAUAUUAUGCAUCUGUGGGAGGUCCUUUGGACAGAUUUGCCUUGUAAGAAUUUUCAUUUAUUAAUCUGUAUGGCCAUAUUGGAUAAAGAAAAGGAUACUUUGAUGGAAAAUGAAUUUGGUUUGACAGAAAUAUUAAAACACAUCAAUGAUAUGGCUUACAACAUUGAUUUGGAGGAAACAUUAUGUUGUGCUGAAGGAAUAUAUUUACAGUUAAGUCAAUGCAAACAGUUGACACAGAGUGUACAAGACAUUCUGGGAAUUCAUGUGUCUUUGCCCCCUGAGUCUGAAAACACUGUAAUUGUGCCUGGAAUCAAGGCUACACCUCCCUCCUCUCUUGCUGCUGGUGAUGGACCUGUACAGCCUUUGAUACAUAGUGCAGGACAAGGAAAAGCAAACACCAGUCCUCCUAGUGGAAGUAGCAGCAUUGAAGUCCUGUCAGAUGAUGUUGACUUAGAAUCAAAGUUUCAGUUAGCAGUUGACUUGAACACAUGAUUAUGAAAUUAACAAUAAUGGUUUUAAAAUAAUGAGACAACUUGGAGAAAACUGUAUUGCAAAUCUUGCUUAUUUUAUAUUUAAUUUAAAAAACUUGAAUAUUUUUAGUUAUAUCUAAGACAGAUUGGCUGGUAAUGCCUGUCAAAAUGCCUAGAUUUGUAAAUUUUGUAGAAUGUAAUUCAACAAUUUUUAAAACUUAAAUAAGGAAACAAAAUGCAAUAUAUUUGAUGAAAAUGCUAUCUCUUUGCAAGUUGUUUUGGUUGCCUCUUGAGUAUGAAGCAAAUGCUCAGAGAAAUCAAAAUGACAGUUGUGCAAAUUUAUACAUUUUUAUCACCAAUUGUAUAAACUCCAUAAUUAAUUAAGUGAGCAUUUGUACAUAUACACAUAUAAUAUUAAUAAUAUUAAAUUUGAGAGUUU